GAGCUUCUGCGCAUGGCGCAGUCUACUUUGAGUUCAACCACGUCUCGGAGGGAGGUGGAUGCAGUAAGCUCUGCUGCUGCGUCAGAGAUUCUGCUGUCCGCUCCCUGGCAAUCACUGCACCGAAUCCUGGGCGACCGCCUUUUCUUCAAAGUCCUCUGCCACCAGAUCUACUUGCAUAUGCCCCCUGGAUCUCGCUGGCUGCAGCUGGCGGGCCGCCCUGGGCAAAUGGGAAGCUUCGCAAGCCCUCCGCAGAAACAGAAACCCUGGAGCCCUGCUUCCAUCUUCAUCGAACGGCGCAUCUUUUACUCGUGCCGCUUUGCUGCCCGCGCUGGGCUGCCGCUGCGCAGUGCGCUGCGGCGCGUGCCAGCGGACAGCUCUGGGGCGCAAAGCCUCGUUUCCUGGAUGCUGGGACCGCACUUUGCCUCUCCAUUGCCUGCAACCACUGCCUUCCCGGCUUUCCCUCCACAGGACCUCCCGCAAGGCAAUCGAAAGGAGCGGCGACGGCGCGGUCCGCGCAAGCGGCCAAACGACAGAACGGGCCCCAAAGCCAAGGCGGCCCCGGAACCAAAAGCGACACAGCCGCAAGCAGCCCGGCACUUUACGCGGCCAGUCUUCGACGCUCUUGUGCAGCCGGUGCUGGCCCUACUGCAGCGAACCUCGAAGGUGAAGUUCCAGGAGAUCCUUAGCAACCACUGUGAGCAACCCGAAGCGCAGGCGAACUUUGGAACAAGCAUCACGGGCAAAGAUAACGGGCUUGAGGCUGAGAUCCACUUUAUGAAGAACUUCCCGGCUGCAUCCUGUGCCCUGCACACUGAAGGGGUGGCCCGCUUCCUCAUCUCGAGCUUUGCGGAGUUGCUGGGUGGUGCACAAGAAGCAGCGGAGCUCUUUGGCUCCUCGAAGAAUUGGGAGGCUUUCUGUAGGGUGCUGCGGGCCUUUGUCUACCUCCGGCGGGGGGAAGAGCUCUCACUGCAUAACGUGCUGCAUGGCAUCUCUGUCCGAGAUUUCCAGACGGCAAUGAGCAGACGCGUGAAGGUCCAUGCGAGGCUUGUGGCGGCCUUCGAAGCCCUGAGGCGGUCUGUGCCACAGGGCCAGUCACAGCUGAAGCUCUUUGUUGCUGUGGCUGACUUGCGGAACUGCUAUGACCGUAUCAAGCAUGAUCCUCUGCUGGGUCGAGUUGCAGCCCUGCCCCUGGCACAGAACUACAGGAUCACCAAGGUAGUAGCAAAGCGAGCAAUGGGAAAGCCCACGAACAGUUCCCAGCGGAUUCUGGAUGUGGCUAUGGUCCAGGGUGAGCAGCUGGACGAGCUUCUCCUCUCGGAGCGUUGUCCCGCGGGCUUACGCAAGGAGCCGCUGAUCAUCCUACCCUCCGCCAAUGACGUGCUUCGGAUGCCCGACGUGGUCGCCACGCUGACGGCGGCCAUCCAGAGCUGCGCUGCCACCCUGGGCACGCAGCCCGACAGGACGCUCUGCAGCCAGGACCAGAGUCUGUCGCAGGAUCGGUUCCUGGUGCGUGGCAUUCCGCAAGGAGGCCGCUUCUCCCCCUUCCUCUGCGCUUUGCACAUGGGCGGAGGCGAUGCCAACUUACCGCCCGACAUCUCGCGGGAUCUGGAGGGAUCCCAGGCCUUCUUUGUCCGCUUGGUGGAUGACUUCCUUUACGUCUGUGCCGGCACCGAGCAGCCCUGCUGCAGGUUCUUGAGCAGUUUGGCAGCGAAGGACAACGCCUUUGGAGGUGAACUGAACCUGCGGAAGUGCAAGGCCAACUUUCCCCUCCGCUACUUCUCAGAGCCGCAACCGCGGUUUGAGUCUCGCAAGGCACGUCGAGUCGACACCGAAGGUGCUCGCGAAGUAUCCUGGGCGGGACUCACGCUGCGGCCCGAGAAAGGCCUGCUGAAUAUUGGCCCAAGCAAGCCGCAGCAGCGCACGCGGGACACCCUGGCAGUCACGCAUCGACGGCGCAGGCCGAAGCAGACAGUGUGGCAAGGCAUCAUCCGGUCCAAGCUGUUGAUCUUCCUCGACUUGAAGCUUCAGCCCCUGCUGGUUGACCCGCGCCUGAAUUCGGACGCAUGUGUCCUUGAAAAUGUGGGCAAUGUCUGCAAGCUCUGCGCGCAGCGUUUUGCCUGGCUAGUGCUGCGGCGAAGCGACCUUCUUGGCAAUGUGCAGCCAGCAUUUGUCAGCAGGCAGUUGCUGCGACUCGCUUGGAGGGCUGCUCGCAGGGCGACGGCUGCGCGCGCAAGCGUGACUGUACCCGGGGCUUCAGAGUUGGAUCUCAGCAGCGCCUGCUUGCGGGCCUUCCUCUCGGCGCUGCGGUCGCGACGCAGCCUGCUCCUCUUUGCCGAAGGCUACCGUGCGCUGCAGCGCAGCCUUGUGCCUGGAGCAGUUUUCAAGAUGCUCCUUUUGGAGAGCUCCGCACAUACCGCGCAGCUGAUCACAAAUCACGGGCAGAGCACUCCUUGA